AUGUAUAAAUGCAGCGAAGAACCAUCUCCGGACGAGCGUCGCCUAGAGUACAUAAGUGGAUGGGACGGUGCUGGAACAGCAGCGGUUUUAGCAGCUGGUGGGGCAGCCAUAUGGGUCCCAGCUGUUAACGUGCGUCGUGCCAAGAUGUCACUCUCGUGUGCUUGGCUGGUGCUCGAUGGAGACGAUCCAAGCCAGCCAACAAUUGCUGAAUGGAUUGGGGGAACCGCUAUUCGCAAUGGUCGCGUUGGUGGUGACGUUCGUCUUACAUCAUUUGGAGAGUGGCAGGCUUUGUCCACCAGCCUACAGCGGGAGAACUUGCAGCUCGUUCCUCAGUCGACUUUGCUGGACCAAUUAUGGAACCUGGAGACUGAUCCCAUGUGGAAACGACCACAAUUCACUAGAGUUGUGGCUAUGUCUCACAAUUCUGAGUUCACUGGCAUGUCAUGGCGAGAGAAGUUGUCAUCAGUACGAAACGAGUUACAAGCGGUUGGAGCUGAUGCUAUGAUCGUGACUGCUCUGGAUGAAGUCGCCUGGCUCCUUAAUCUUAGAGGCAUGGACCUUCCUUACGCCCCACUUCUAAAAGCCUUCGUUCUAGUCACCCAUAGAGAUGUCAGGAUAUACGUCCCUGCUGGGAAGCUCAUGAUGCCAGAACGAGAUAUGUUGGCUGCAUAUAAUUGCUAUCCUAAUGUUGUUAAUUGUACCAGCGUAAAAGAUUACGAAACUGUAUACUCCGAUUUGCGGAAGGCGGUGGACCUGAACAAGAUCCUAAUACCGACGGGAGGGACGUUCCAAAGAGGGGCAUCGGCAGCUAUCACUCAGGCCAUUACAGCCUCCAAAAGGCUCUUUCAACCUUCACCCAUAAUAUAUCUAAAAGCUCAAAAGAACAUGGCUGAAAUCAAAGGAAUGAAGAAAGCUCACUUAAGAGAUGCUGUCGCGAUGUGCACUGUAUUGAAUUAUCUUGAAAAGAAGGGAAAGUCGAACCUCAAUGAAUUAUUAGUGGGUGAGAAGAUAGAUGCAACUCGAGCCACUCAGGCUGGCUACAGAGGUCUCUCCAUGCGGACUCGAGUGGCUUUCGGACCAAACGCUGCUGAACCAGAAUACCAAGCUACGAAUGCUACAAAUAGACGAAUAUUUUCCAACUCUACGCUUAUUAUACAGUCAGGGGGACAGUAUGAAGAGGGUACAACGGUCGUUACUCGGACUCUUCACUACGGAACACCAAGUCGUGAUGAAAGACGAGCUUAUACUAUAGUUCUACGGUCCUUGGCGGCUUUCGCAACUCUACAGGCUCCUUCAACGCUUCCUGCAGCUCAUGCUGACCCAGUAGCUAGGGCUCCGUUGUGGUCGUUUCGCCAGGAUUAUUUACUACCUACGGGACAUGGAGUUGGAGCCGCAUUAAAUAGACGAGAAGAUCCAGUAGUAAUAGAUUACAGACAGGACACGAAUCUCCACACGUUUCGCGAAGGCUAUUUCGUUACUAGCGAACCAGCUUGGCAUGAACCUCGUAAAUUUGGAAUAAAACUAAGCAAUGUCUUAGAAGUAGUUCAACGCUCGUCAGGAUACUUAGGUUUCAAAGAAACAACACUUUUGCCGUACGAACCGAAACUUAUCGACAGGAAUCUGCUGACUGAUUAUGAGAUAAACUGGUUGAACGCAUAUAACAAGAGGAUACGUGAGACAGUCGGUCCAGAGUUAACAGCCCAAGGAUUGACUGAUGUCUACUACUGGGUAAUGAAUAAAACCAUUGAAAUAGAACUGCCAUCGAAGAACAAAAAAGCGACAAACUCUGCAAUUAUACAUAAUGUAACAGCACUAUUAAUUUGUAUAUUUGUUGUAAAUGCUAUUUAAAUAGACUAGAAAUAAUUAAAUAAUUAAUUUUACUUGUAUUUGUGUAUUAAUAUAUUGUAUACUAUCACUUAAUUGCACCUAACGUACAAUUAUAGGUAUGUUAAAAUAUAAAGGGUAUCUCAACGCUGAUGUU